GUUUGGAUAAGCCAUACAAACAGAUGCCUUGUAGGCUCAACUACAGGUACAACUUAGUUCAGGUGUGUGUUAACUGUGGUCCAGUCCAACCGGAGGUGACUUCCCAUCAAUGGGAGAAUUUCAGUCAAUUAUGUACCGCAGUCGAUUGUGGGGAAAAUUAGGCCUCGGUCUUCCGAUUCGGGCAUAACCUGUUCAUUAGGGCCAACCAAGGACAGUCCACUGGAGUGCAAGUGCAAAAUUGGUACAAGAUAUUAGAAUCUGCACGAAGAUUGAUGAUUCACCAAUAGUUUGUCGAAAACUGAUCGAAACAUUUGUGUGAUUACGUGUAAAUUCGUAGUUUCUCGUCGAGCUAAAACGACGUCGGUCAUGUCGAUUUAACACCCUAGUAAAUAGAAAACCAGUUUGGAGCGUGCUGUAUAUCUGAAGGGAGCAAUUCUUGAAACGUGCCCAUUGCUGUACCGUUCCUAGUCCCGAUAAAUCGUUCUCAACUGUCGUCAUUUUCGUUUUCAAAGACGCAAAAUGUUAUCGCAAAUAAUCCGAUGUAGUAUCAUUGCUGUGUUGAUUGUUUUACCGGUCCUGUUUGUGAGGGUGGAGGCAGACUCCGAAUCGGAAGAAUCAUGUCACGAUAACAAACCCUGCCCGGAAGAAGAGUACUGCGAUCCUCACAGUUUGUCAUGUGCCCAAUGUAGUGAGAUAUGUACUCAGCGAGAGACCAGAUACGAUUGCAGCAAAAAGUGUAAAGAUUACUUAAUUCUGCGAAGAAUUGCAACCUUAGAAAACAAUCUGUACACCACAAUUAUCAUCUUUGCGGUGAUCCUGCUUUUGUUGGCCAUCCUGGUAGCGGUUAUCAUAGUUCGGUGGUGCAGGAGAAAUGGUCACCUGUCCUGUAAAGCCUUGAAACGUCUUAUCGGUACCACCGAAAAAGCUAACCCACCGGCCAUGGAAUACACUCACGAAAAUCAUCACACUAAAAGUCCAAAGCUCAGUGCCAGGAAUACGACAAACAACAACAGCGUCCUUCCAGCACCCCCUUCGGUGUCAAUAGUAGGUACCUCAAGUAUCUACGACGGAGCUGCGUCCAUGCAAACGGUUACAACUCCCGUUAGUCGCGGCUAUCCUUCGGAAUACUGGAGAGAUAAUCAUGCUUACGACAACGGUGGCCUAGCCGUGACUCCAACCGAUAACACCUAUGAAUAUGUGGAGGCAAAAUUGAACCAAAUUCGAUGAAACGUAAAAUAACGUACUAAUACUGCGCAUGGAAAAGUCUUGGUGCGUUUCGUGGAUCUUAACUCGGCAAAUCUCAGUGAACCAAACCUGUUCCUUAAAAAGUAAAUAUUGUGCAUCAGGUAGCAAUUAACUCCUUUCGUCCAUUUUAUCAUCUAUAUCAAAUUAUUCGCUACUACUAAGUAUUUUUGUCUCUCCACAUGUAGGCUUAAUUUAGAAACCAUUGCUUGGCAAUGCAACAAACAUUAUGUAAAUAGCAGAAUGAAACUAAUCGUAGGUUAUCGAUAUUUUAAAAGAAGCAUUUAGAUUAGUGAAAGUAAGAUCACAGUAUCAGAAUUUAGAUUUUUGUACUUAAGACAAAUAAACCAUCUAUUAUCCUUUUAUCACCUGAUCUGCGUUGUUUGAACUGUACAAUGAGCUCCAGGAAUUCGAGUCUAGAGUAUCACGCGUUCGGCUUAUCAUCGAUAAGGCUACUUUGGUGAUUUGCUAUUAGGAAUAUACAAAGUAGAUCGUUAGUGAAUUAUUCUGUCCUAAACAUUAUUUUUAUUUGUUUUGUGAUGUUUCCAUAUGGCCCAAUUAAGUCUAACCAUAUUCAAAUUUGAAGCAGUAAAGACUUGAAAAAGGUGAGUCGUUAGUAACGACAAUAACUCAGUUUUUUAUAAACGUUUUUCGUUUUAAUUGAAACUGUACUUCAAUACUAUAAAAUACUACUGGAAAAUAUUUUAUGACAUUCAUGUCCGGAAAUUUUCCUUGUCUGUCUUAAAUAUGUCAAUCCAGCCCUUAAUUUUUACGACUAGAAACAUCUUGUCUAUCCGAUCAAACUUAUGAUUCAUAUGGUUCGUUCAAGAAUAUCAAUGAAUCAUUCAAAAUCAUAUCACCCUUGGAAUUCUAUACAGCAGAAUAACGCUUUGCCCUACAUCAUUAAAAAAAAACCCAAUGAUACUGGAAUUCGAAGGAAUAUCGGAUCAUGAACAAAAUAUCAAAUUAUUUAUUUGAUAUUUUUUGCAAGAU